AAAAAUCCCAACAAUUCUGCGGCAAAAGAGAGGGGAGAGAGAGAGAGAGAGAACAAAGACGCAGUCGCGCACGAUCUCCAGACUAGAGAAGAACUGCCGGGCCACGAUCUCAACACAAACGGAUGCACAAGACGACGUGGGAGAAAAUCGGUGUACAAAUGGAUGCAUCAGGACUCAUCCCUCUUCCAAUUUACAGUUCAUACGAAAAUAGGAAACACAGAAAGAAAGAAGAGCAGAGCACAAUCAAAGCCAGGAGGAGGAGAAAGAGAAAGAAACAAAUCGGGUGACGGUUUGCAGACUUGCUAAUUGCCAUUGGGUCAUUUCAGAUUUUGGGUUUUGUUUUGCUCAAGUAGAAGACGAAUCCACUCUUGCAGACUUGAUAAUUCCCAUUGGGAUUUGAACCCAGGAGGAUAGGUUUGGUCCCUGCCGAAUUGUCCAGUUAUUUGGGUUCUAAGAGAUCUUGCUUAUGCUUCUCUCCAGUUGAUGGUGUCUCAUAAAACGAAAGUGAAUGACAAGAUUAGAGAGACGAAGGAACCAAGAAAUUGAAGACAAAAAGGAAGAGCAUAAACUGACAUGGUGAUGAAUCAAGCUCCCAUUCUUCUUCUUUCUUCCUGUUUGUUUGUUUUUUUUUUAUUGGUUUUUUUAAUUAGGCUCUUUGGCUUAGGUUUUUUGUUGGAUUUAGUAAGAUAGACCACUAAGAAGGGAAGUUGUCUAGACAACUGUGCUCACUUAUGGUCAGAUGGCAUGCAAACUGUGUUCUUUUUAUUGCUGAAUUCUCAUAUAGCAAUUACAAUUACCAAAAUCAUGCAACACCAUAUGAAUCUUAUAAUCUGUAAUAUCAUAUCCAUUUGUUUGGUGAAUCUCUAAUAGAUGUUGGGUGUUGUUAUUGUACUAACCGUGUUUAUAAGUUCAUGCCUUCUGUGUAUUAAAAUUCUUCUUUUAAAUAUAUUUACUUUUGGUUUGUGAGGAAAGACAACUCAUAGGGGUAGAACUGAAAGCAGAUCGAUAAGGACCUGUUGAUCCAUAUUCAAGCAUGUAUGUAUGCAUGCCAGAUUGGACAGUAGAUAUAAAAUCAUGGUCAGCAAGCAAAACUGAAAGCAGAUCGCUAAGGACCUAUAACCUAUUGAUCUAUAUUCAAGCUUGGACACUACAGAUAAAAUCAUGACCAGCAAGCAAAACUAAUACAGAAGGACCUGUUCAUCUAUAUUCAAGUAAACACCAAAAGACUGGGCAACUCGACGGUUAAAUCAGGUCCUGUUGGGUUCACAUACCACUAUGUCUGACUCAGGUUCACAUACUAGACCGAGUCAGGUUCACAGAGACGAAUCAGGGGCAACCCAGACUGUGGAUGCUUCAAGAACAGACACGACACAAAUGGAUCAUAGAGAGCGUGCACGUGCUAGCCAUCAAGAAUGGCGACAAUCGAUGAGUUCUACACAACAUGAAGCCUAUUUGGCGCGGCGGCGAGCUCAUGCUCGGGGAAAGCGACUAGCCGUGGAAAAUGUAAGUGACCAUGGACAAGAGGCGGGCCCAAGUAAUAGGAAUAGGCUAGCUCCAGUACACUCCGACAACGAGAGCAUAAGUUCAAGAGUUUCAUCCUAUUCCCAAAACCAUGACCAAGAUGCUACAAGGGUGCGCUUGACCCACAUAAGACAAUUAGCCCGUUCGACUACGUCUCGACCGAGCAAUGUGGUUAUUCAGAAUUCUAUGCCUUACGAGAUGCCUAAUGUCACAAUGAAUAAUCACGAUGAGGACCACAAUAACAACGAGCAUAUGAUGAAUAAUCAUGAGGAUCAGAACAACAACACUGAGCUAGAGAAUAACCAACAGGAUCAGCGCAGCAGCAGUGUUGACCCAGUGCGGCGUACAAGGAGAGCAGUAGUAAAUUACAACUGCGCUAGAGAUUUUAAUGAGGGAUGGGGUGUCCCAUUUUGUCGAUUGCCUGCACUAAGAACAUGUCCAUACUGCAAUGCACGGUUAUUUCAUCGAGAGACCUUCAAUUUGUGUUGUUCGAAAGGAAAUAUUGUUCUGCCUCUAAUACCCUCUCUGCCAGAGAUGAUCCAGCUCUUUUCUGACCAAACAGAUGCGGGUAGAAAAUUCAGACAAAAUAUCCAAGCCUAUAAUAAUGUGUUUGCGUUCACUUCAAUGGGUGUGCAUGUUGAUGAAUCCAUUAAUCUUCAAGGUCGUGGAAUUUAUACUUUUCGUGCACAGGGUUCUAUAUAUCAUAAGAUUGGUGGACUUUUACCAAGUGAAGGGGCGAGACCACGAUAUCUACAAGCUUACAUAUAUGACACCGAGCAUGAACUUGACAAUCGAUUGUCUGAAAGUGUAGUUUUAGACAGGGCACUGGUUGAAAAGAUACAACAGAUAUUGAAUCACUAUAAUCCAUUUGUCCAUCAAUUUCGAAGCCUCGGACAGCGCCAAGACUUGCCCAAUUGCAGGCUCAUCAUAAGAGAGCAGCCUUCUAAUCAACGUCAGUAUUGUUUACCAUCUGCAUCACAAGUUGCUGCUAUUAUAGUAGGAGGGGGCGACAUCAAUCCGAAUGGAAGAGAUUUAGUUGUCCAAACAAUUAGUGGAAGACUCUGGAAUGUUAAAGACUCGGUCGGAUAUUACGACCCCAUGCAGUAUCCUUUGUUAUUACCUUAUGGAACAUAUGGGUGGGAUAUUAAUAGUCAUGAUGAGAAUGGAAGACCUAUGUCAUGUUGCGACUAUUAUGCAUAUAUGUUACAGAUGCGCCCAGGUGAUGAAAAUCCUCUACUUCGAGGCGGACGGCUCUUACAACAGUAUGUUGUAGAUAAUUACGUGAAAAUUGAAUCACAAAAACUCAGAUGGCUUCGCAGUAACCAAGAUACAAUUAGGAAAGAAUUUUAUCAAGGACUUCAAGACUCUUUUAUUGCAGGGGAAAACAAUGCAGGUAACGUCGGUCAUAGGACAAUUCUGCCAUCAUCAUUUGUUGGAAGUCCACGUGAUAUGUACCAACGGUACCAAGAUGCGAUGGCUUUGGUUCAAAAGUAUGGCAGACCAGAUUUGUUUAUCACUAUGACAUGUAACCCGAAUUGGGAAGAAAUUAAAAGUGAGCUACUCCCUGGACAAACAUCACAAGAUCGUCCAGAUUUAGAGGUCAGGGUAUUUCGUUCAAAACUUGAGCAACUAAAAGAAGACAUCAUCACCAAAGGGGUAUUGGGAAGAGUUAUUGCUCAUGCUUUCGUCGUUGAAUUUCAGAAACGGGGCCUACCACAUGUACACAUGCUGAUCAUGUUGGAUGAAAAUGAUAAGCUUAAUAACCCUGAAGAUUAUGACCGCAUUGUUAGAGCAGAAAUACCAGAUAAAGAUGAAGAGCCUCAACUUUAUGAUUUGGUGUUGAAACAUAUGAUUCACGGUCCAUGUGGAACCUUAAACCAACAGUCUUCAGGUAUGAAAAAUGGGAGAUGCAAUAAAAGUUAUCCAAAAUCAUUUGCAAAUUUCACUGUGCAAGGAAACGAUGCAUAUCCUAUAUAUCGAAGACGAGCAAGUCGCUUACCAGUCCCUCUACGUAGAUCUGGAGAAACAAUGGUGGAUAAUAGUUGGGUUGUUCCUUAUAACCCGUGGUUGUUGCUACGGUAUGAUUGUCACAUCAAUGUUGAAAUAUGUGGAAGCAUAAAGAGUGUCAAAUACUUAUAUAAGUAUGUCUACAAAGGUCCUGAUAGAGUUGCAGUUCAAGUGCAAUCUGACCCGGAGUUCGAUGAAAUAAGACAAUUUGUCGAUGCAAGGUGGGUUUGUGCACCAGAGGCUUUAUGGAGGAUAUUUAAAUUUGUAAUGAACAGAAUAUAUCCAACAGUCGACAGAUUACAAAUACAUCUUCCAAACAUGCAACAAAUCAGAUUCAAUGCAAAUGAGACUGUAGAAGACAUUCUAGCAGAUGAGCAUGCACAGAAGUCUAUGCUUACUGAAUAUUUCACCAUGAACCGUAUGGAUCCGGAAGCAAGACGAUAUCUGUAUCGAGAAUUCCCUCAAUACUAUAGGUGGGAUAGUAAGCACAAAGCUUGGGUGAAAAGAAGGAACAACUACAAGGUAAUUGGAAGAAUAUACAGUGUUUCACCCUCCGAAGGUGAGAAAUUUUACCUACGUGUCCUUCUCAAUCAUAUAAGAGGACCGAGAUCAUUUCGUGAUUUGCUUACUAUUAAUGGAGUUCUGCAAACUACUUUUAAGGAAGCGGUAGAGAAACGAGGUUUGCUAGAAGAUGACAAUAGCAUCCAACAAUGUCUAUUAGAGACCUCUGCAAUUAGAAUGCCAUCAGCUUUGAGAAGAUUAUUCGUCACAAUUUUGGUGUAUAGUCAACCAACUGGUGUUCGAAGAUUGUGGGAUGAAUUUUAUCCUUUCAUGAUUGAAGAUUAUUCUUCUUCAAGUGAUAUUGUAGAUAUUUUUGUCAGAAACAGGUUACUUCGAGAUCUAAACAGAAUGCUAGAACAAUUUAAUAAGGGCACUGGAGAAUUUGAUCUGCCUGAAAUGACAAGUGAGCCAGAAGAUAGUCUAGGAAUACCGAGAUGUAUUGAAGACGAAAUUUCUAUAAAUAUCCCGCAAGAAGAUAUUGAUGCAAUUGACCACCUUAACAACGACCAAAUGAUUGCAUUCAACACUAUAAUGGCCGCAGUUGAGGGAAGAGAAAGUGCAUUAUUUUUUAUCGAUGGUCCUGGAGGUACUGGGAAGACAUACUUAUAUCGUGCAUUGCUAGCAAAGUUGAGAAGAAUGAAUCAUAUAGUCUUAGCCACAGCAUCAUCUGGAAUUGCUGCAAAUUUAUUGCCCGGCGGGAGGACAGCUCACUCUAGAUUCAAGAUUCCACUCAAUGUAGAUGCAUCAUCCAUGUGUUCCAUAAGUAAACAGUCUGCUCUAGCACGACUGGUACAAGAUUCCACUGCAAUUAUUUGGGAUGAGGCACCUAUGACGCAUCGACAUGUGUUUGAAGCACUUGAUCGAACAUUUCGAGACAUAAUGGAUGUCGAAUUACCGUUUGGUGGAAAGAAAAUGAUUUUUGGGGGAGAUUUUCGUCAAGUUCUGAUAGAAGCAUUUUAA